GGGAGGGGAGGGGGGGGGCCGAGCGCGACGGCGGCGGCAGCGCGGAGCCAUGAAGACUCCGGCGGACGCAGGGUUCGCGUUCCCGGACUGGGCGUACAAGGCGGAGUCGAGCCCCGGCUCCCGGCAGAUCCAGCUCUGGCACUUCAUCCUGGAGCUGCUGCGGCAGGAGCGGUACCGGGAGCUCAUCGCCUGGCAGGGGGACUGCGGGGAAUUCGUCAUCAAGGACCCGGAUGAGGUCGCCCGGCUCUGGGGGGUGCGGAAGUGCAAGCCCCACAUGAACUACGACAAGCUCAGCCGCGCGCUCAGGUACUACUACAACAAGCGCAUCCUGCACAAGACCAAAGGCAAGCGCUUCACCUACAAGUUCAACUUCAACAAGCUGGUGCUGGUCAAUUACCCCUUCAUCGACGUGGGGCUCGCAGGCCCGCCGCUGCCGCAGAGCGCGCCCCCGCUGCCCUCGCUCGGAGGAGGGGGGGGCGGCGGUGGGGGAGGGGGCACCCCCCAUUUUUGCUUCCCCCCCCUCCCCCCGUCCCUUGCCGGCCCCUCCCCCACCGCAUCUGAGGGGCUCUCCCCUCCCCUCCCCCCCCAUGCUCCGGAAGCCGCCCUCGCGCCCCCCCCUUCCUCUUCCUCCUCCUCCUCCUCCUCCUCCUCCUUCUCGCGCCGCCUCGGCUCCCUCAGCGACGGCUCCGAGCUCGAGGAGUCGGGAGGGGGGGGAGGAGGGGGCGGGGAGCCCCUCCCCCCGUUACCCCCUCCCCCUCUCCCCCCUCUUUCGGCAGGGGGAGGGGGCAGCUUCCGACCCCUCCCCCCGCACCCCCACCCCCCGCGCUUGACCCCGGACGCCCUUUUCCGCCUUUACACCCCCCCUCCCCACCCCCCCCCGCCCCCACCGCCGCCUUUCGCGGGGUCCCCGUUACCGGCUGGUGGGGGAGGGGGAGGAGGAGGAGGAAGUGGUGGGGGGGGAGGGGCCGGGGGUCUCCUCCCCCCUCCCCCGUUGUCCCCAGCGUUGCCUUUGACCCCUCCGCACGUCGGUUUCGUCCCCUCCCCCACCCUGAGCCCCCUGUUCCCCGCGGGGGGGGGGGGCUCCCACUUCUCGUUCAGCCCCGAGGACCUGCAGAGGGCGCUGGCGGCGCAGACCCGCAGCGUCUACAGCUACCACCUGAGCCCCCGCGCCUUCCUGCCCUGCCCGGGGCUGCUGCUGCCCCACCCCCACCCGCCCGCCCCUCCCCCACACCCCCACCCCCCCGCUUCCGAACCCCCUUUCCCCUUCAAACUCCAACCCCCACCGCCGGGAAGGCGGCAGCGGGAUAAAGGCCGGGAUGCGCCGCCCCCCCCUCCAUCAUCAGCAGCAUCACCCCGAAGUGGGGGGGGUGGGGGGGGGACCCCGACGCAGGAGCCCCCCCAUAUCAAAGUGGAGGCGGUGUCGGAGGAGGAGACGGUGGAGGUGACGGAUCCCUGUGUCCCCCUGAAGCUGCGCUUUAAACGGCGCUGGAGCGAGGAGCGGAGGAGGGGGGGAGGGGAAGGGGAAAGGGAGGAAGGGGGGGCCCUCCCCCCCCAUUCCAAUGAGGAUAAGAAAGGGAAAGGGGGGACCCCAAAUUUAGGAGGGGGGGGCAGGAGGGUGAGCACCGACCUGCAGCGCGCCACGGCCCAGCUCUCCCUGGACUCAUAA